GCAGGCCUGGGUUUCUUAGUUGUAGUCUGAGUGUCCGAGGCUGAGGCGGAGUUGGAACUGUAGUUGAACGGCGAUUAUUUGUGGCGUUUCUGGUUUCUGAAGUGAAUCGGCCGCGAUGUUUCUGCAGUAUUACCUAAACGAGCAAGGGGACCGGGUCUACACUCUAAAGAAAACAGAUCCUGCAGGACAACAGACCUGCUCAGCUCACCCAGCCAGAUUUUCUCCAGAUGACAAGUACUCAAGACACCGGAUCACUAUCAAGAAGAGAUUCAAGGUUCUCAUGACCCAACAAGCACGAUUGGUCCUCUGACUUACCAGUUACCAACUGAUCAAGCAAUGGCAACCACCAGGGACCCUAACCCAAAAAUCUCUUCUACCUAGGAGACCUCAUUCAAAAAGAACCCAAAUUUUUGACUCUCAACCCAUUCUCACAAUUUUGAAAAUUACUUCCUUUUGUACUUUUGGUUCUUGGAAUCUAGUCUCAAUUUACUUGUAUUCCUGACUGUACUUGGUGGCAAUCAAUUUAAGAUGAAAAAGUUUAAAGUUGUACAUCUUUUCAAUCAGUGCUAAAGGUUAUUAAAGCUAAAAUGAUUUAAAGGUU